AUGGAUGAUUGUGCCACAGUUCGGUGGAAUAUUUCAAGAGGACUAAUUGUUUCUUUAGGAGGAAUAACCAUGUCAGAGAUCAAGGAAUUAAUUGAGAGAUCAUCGUUUGGCAGCUUAACAAGCAUGUUAGACAGGAAAAAGUCUCAAAUUAAAGGGAAAGAUUCCGACAUGAAAAAGAAAAUCCAGAGGAGAGGGAAGCUAUUGCGAAUAGAAGAGGAAACCGAUUCCAAGCUGGGGGGCCACUGGAAGCAAAACGUCUUCUCCAUCCAGCUGCCAAUGAUGCCGCUCCUUGCUGGAUGGCAAACUGUUGUCAGUCGUGGUAAUGAGAAGACUGCCAGUAUUUUAGAUUGUUUUUUGACUUUACAAACAGAAGUACCUAUCAUGAAUGAGGAGCAAAGGCAGGAAUUAAACCCCCUGAUCAUAAAGAUCAACUGUGCUUCCUGCCUUCCAUCACAACCUGUGCCCAUUCAUGAACUAGAGAGGCUGUGCACCCCAGUGUACUGCAGGUACCAGUUCUAUAAUACUCCAGUUCACAAGACGGAAGGGCAGCCCCAUGGAACCCAUGUUUACUUCCAGGACAUCAAUGUCAUCCUUCUUGGGGCAUUGUGUCCCAGUGACCUGAAAGAAUACCUGGAAGGCCCCCCCAUGGUGGUGGAAGUUCAUGACCGUGACCUCAAGUCAGAAGAGUAUUCCCGGAAGCCCACCCUGUUUGGGGAGGACCCCCUGGAUACAUGCCUCAACCUCCAGGCCCUCAUCUCUCCCAAACAGACAGAGAACAACCCCUUUGAAUCCUACAACAAGAUGUGGGAUCCUUACGGGGUCGCCCAGGUCAGCUUUGCCGAUCUCCUUCUCGGCCACACAUACCUGAACCUGUUUGUCCCCAUCCACAGCUGUAAGCCCAAGCCCACAGGCCAAGGCCAUGACAGCAGGAGCAGGAAGGCUGUGGGGUUUCGGGUUCCAACAGACCAUCUCCAGCAUGGCCCGAUGCCCAUGGGCAACUACCUGGAGGCGAAUUCCCUCCUCAAGCUGCGAGUGGACCUCGCAGUGCCACUGCGGUUCAGGGCCGAAACCCCCAACCAAGACCUGGUUGGCACACAGUUUGGCCUCAUUAUUUUCGUGUUUGACUCCAGGAAGACCUUCCUCCUCCACAACCUGCUGCAGGACAUCACCAUGAUCAAUGCCAAGGCCCUCGACCUGGACUCCUACCCUCUUAAGAACAUCCAGCAGAUCCUGUCAGCCUUUAAGGUGCGGGUGAAGGUCCAGGACCAGCAGGACCUGGAUGUGCUCACUGGCUUCCACCUGCUAGAUGGGAAGAUCCACCUCUUCAUUCUGGAAGGCUUGGCUGACCAAGGCUUGAAGCGGCUGUGGGAGAGCCACCAAAGCCGAAUUCCCAAAUCAGAGCACGGAAAAUACAAGGUACUCUACAACUCCCAGCUCUUGUUCCGUCACCGCCUCUACGCAGACCUGGAGACCAUCCUGUACCACGUGCACCUCUUCAAGCCCCUGUCGCUCCUCAUGAAGCACUCCCAGCUCUAUGUCCGGAAUGUGGUGCCACAGGAUGCCUUCCAGGCCCUGGUCAGACUCCACUACAUCUGCCAUGACAGCACCAAGCUCAGGGAUGUGGUCACAAGAGACCUGUUGCCUUCCUCUGCCAUGAUCAAAUGUCUGAGUCAAGAGUUCGGGAUGCCCAUUUCACAAGAAGACCUUUCUGAUGAAAAACUAUUGACCCGACCACUUCAGCCUGCUCUCAAUCUUGAAGACUUCCGAAGUCAGAAGUCUACCCUCACUUUUGAGAUCCAAACCCACCAGGAGAAGUACCUGAAGUGGCGGACCACCAUGAUGCUGAAGAAUAAAGACCAAAAAAAGAGCCUAAUCCAGAAAAAUAUUGCAGGAGCCUAUCAGGUCAGCAAGAAGCCUCUAAAGUCUGUGGUGAAGGUGAUUAGAAUUUCAGCCCCUGUCAAAGAAGCUGUCUACAACUACAGUAUUCAGACCCUAAAUUCUACACAGCUUGCCAAGAAGGAGCUAUAUCGAGAGAUGGCCAAGGAGCCAAGGAAAAGGUUCACAUACUCACAGGACUACCUCUCAGCCAUGGUGGAGCCUUACGACUGGGAAGCAGAGCAGAAGAAAGCCGAGAAGAAAUCCCGUCAAGCCUGGCUCACUGCCAGUGGAUUCCAAGUGCCAGGUCUUCACAGCCAUCACCCUAGGCUGCCACCCGUUAGCCAAGCCAAAGAGCUAAAUGAGGAAUGGAAGGACAAUGCACUGCAUGCUAAUGUGCUGGAGCCUGCGUUAGACCGGAAAAGCUGGGGCUGGGCCCAGCGCCACAUGGACUUUGAUCUGUACAAGAAGCCACCUCCUUUCCUCAAGCUGCCCCCUUCUCCAGCACUGAACCUCGAAACAGGUAACAGACAAGAUCUUUGCAAAGCUGAGCCUCCUGAUGCUGUUGGCAGGCAGGAACUCAGUGCCACUUUGAAUUUUCAGAAGUAUCCAUUUUGUUUUAGAUAUAUAAACUUUCUAUGUUAGGAAAUCAAGAUUAAGAAUGGGUAUGAUAUAACAGGUUGAACGAUGGGCU